GUGACGGAGUUCGCCCUGUGUUUCCGUGAGCACGCGCUGACGGAGUUUUCUGUGUUCGUUGUAGCUAUUUUUUUAUUUUAUUAGUAAAAAUCAAAGUUCGCCACGUGAAAGUCGCGUUUCUGAAGUAAAACUUGUUAAUUGGUAGACGGAGCGGCGGCAGAGAUCCAUCUUUAUGAUUGUCUUUAUUUCUGGAUGAUGGUUUCUUUCCUGUCUGUCGCUGUACCCUGAGGGUCCGUUCCUCGUCGUCCUCUCUCGCUGCUAGACUCUAUGGAGGAGUAGCUCUUGAGUGACAGGGACGAGAGCCAAUCAAGCGUCAGGAGGUGUGACAAUCACAGCAGCAGGGAAGAGAGGAUGUCGUCAAACAGGACCCAGACCCCUCAUGGUCUGAAGCAGAUCGGGCUGGACCAGAUCUGGGAUGAUCUGCGAGCGGGGAUACAGCAGGUGUACACCCGCCAAAGCAUGGCCAAGUCACGCUACAUGGAGCUCUACACGCAUGUCUAUAAUUAUUGCACAAGUGUGCAUCAGUCAAAUCAGGCCCGCGGUGCAGGUGCCCCCCCGUCCAAACCUUCGAAGAAGACCGCCUCACCUGGAGGAGCUCAGUUUGUGGGGCUGGAACUCUAUAAAAGACUGAAGGAAUUUCUGAAGAAUUACCUUACAAACCUCCUAAAGGAUGGAGAAGAUCUAAUGGACGAGAGUGUGCUGAAGUUCUACACGCAGCAGUGGGAGGACUAUAGGUUCUCCAGUAAAGUGCUCAACGGGAUCUGUGCUUACCUCAACCGCCACUGGGUGCGCCGGGAGUGCGAUGAGGGCCGGAAAGGGAUCUAUGAAAUCUACUCUCUUGCUCUGGUGACGUGGAGGGAAUGUUUGUUUCGGCCGCUGAAUAAGCAGGUCACAAAUGCAGUGUUGAAGCUGAUCGAGAAGGAGAGGAAUGGAGAAACCAUCAACACCAGGCUCAUCAGUGGAGUGGUCCAGUCUUACGUUGAGUUGGGUCUCAAUGAGGAUGAUGCCUUUGCUAAAGGUCCAACUCUGUCGGUCUACAAGGAGUACUUUGAAACUCAGUUCCUGGCCGACACGGAACGGUUUUAUACAAGGGAAAGCACAGAGUUCUUACAACAAAAUCCCGUUACAGAGUACAUGAAGAAGGCAGAGGCCCGUUUGCUGGAAGAGCAGAGGAGGGUGCAGGUGUACCUUCACGAGAGCACACAGGACGAGCUUGCCAGGAAGUGUGAGCAGGUGCUCAUCGAGAAGCAUCUGGAGAUCUUCCACAUGGAGUUCCAGAACCUUCUGGACGCAGACAAGAACGAAGAUCUCGGUCGUAUGUAUAACCUCGUGUCACGGAUCACAGAUGGAUUGGGAGAGCUGAAGAAACUUCUGGAAACACACAUUUAUAAUCAAGGCCUGGCAGCCAUCGAGAAAUGUGGAGAGUCUGCUCUCAAUGACCCCAAAAUGUACGUCCAGACUAUUUUGGAUGUCCACAAGAAGUACAAUGCCUUGGUGAUGUCUGCAUUCAACAAUGAUGCUGGUUUUGUGGCUGCUCUAGACAAGGCUUGUGGACGCUUCAUUAAUAACAAUGCUGUUACCAAGAUGGUUCAGUCCUCCAGCAAAUCUCCUGAACUACUUGCCAGAUACUGCGACUCUCUGCUCAAGAAAAGCUCCAAAAACCCAGAGGAGGCAGAACUUGAAGACACACUCAAUCAAGUGAUGGUGGUGUUCAAGUACAUUGAGGACAAGGACGUGUUCCAGAAGUUCUACGCGAAGAUGCUGGCCAAACGUCUGGUCCAUCAGAACAGUGCCAGUGAUGACGCAGAAGCCAGCAUGAUCUCCAAACUUAAACAAGCUUGCGGCUUUGAGUACACAUCAAAACUCCAGCGCAUGUUCCAGGAUAUUGGAGUGAGCAAAGACCUCAACGAACAAUUCAAGAAACAUCUCACAAACUCAGAACCUUUAGAUCUGGACUUCAGCAUCCAGGUGCUGAGCUCAGGUUCAUGGCCCUUUCAGCAGUCCUGCACUUUUGCUCUGCCAUCAGAGUUGGAGAGGAGCUACCAAAGGUUCACAGCCUUCUAUGCCAGCAGACACAGCGGACGCAAGCUCACCUGGCUGUACCACCUAUCCAAAGGGGAACUGGUCACCAACUGCUUUAAAAACCGUUAUACCUUACAGGCGUCCACGUUCCAGAUGGCCAUUCUGCUGCAGUAUAACACAGAAGAUGUUUAUACAGUCCAGCAGCUGACAGACAGCACACAGAUCAAAAUAGACAUACUAGUGCAGGUUUUGCAAAUAUUAUUGAAAUCCAAGUUGCUGGUUCUAGAGGAUGAGAACGCAAACGUGGAUGAAGUGGAAUUCAAACCCGACACCCUCAUAAAACUCUUUCUUGGUUAUAAAAAUAAAAAGCUGCGAGUGAACAUUAAUGUGCCAAUGAAAACAGAGCAGAAACAGGAACAGGAAACAACACACAAAAACAUAGAGGAGGACAGGAAACUGCUGAUACAGGCGGCUAUAGUGAGAAUCAUGAAAAUGAGGAAGGUUCUGAAGCACCAGCAGCUUCUGGCAGAAGUUCUGAACCAGCUUUCAUCCAGAUUCAAACCCAGAGUCCCAGUCAUCAAGAAGUGCAUUGACAUCCUCAUAGAGAAGGAAUAUCUGGAGCGGGUGGAUGGAGAAAAGGACACAUAUAGCUACUUGGCCUAAACAUUUUAUUGCUUCUCCACAUCUUCACUGUCUCUUUCACUCUCACUUUUUUUUUUUUUAAGUUGUCUCCCGGGUAAUAAAUAUCAUUCCUUUUGAUGUUUGGCCUGUGCUGAUGGGAAUAUGUGCACAGAAGGAAUUUUAAAUGGAAAAUGGACAAACAAAAGAGGAGGAUCUGUGUGUGCAUCAGUGAAUGUGCGUGUGGGAGCUGGACCUCACUCUUGUAUUGGAGCGACCCACCCUGGAUGGACAGACUGCAUUUAAAAUGUACAUACAAACAGAAAUCUUGAGCUUUAUUCUUGCUAAAUUAAACAUUACAGGUUUUUAAAACCCAAACAGAAAUAAACCCUUCACAUUAAGCAUGCUAUAGCCUCUCAGCAUUUAAAUGAGGAAAGAAACAAAAAUAAAAAUAAAGAUACAUUGAAAUCUUGGAGAAGGGGCUAUGAUGCCUGGAAAUUGUUUAUGCCUGGAAGAUAUGAAUAGACAAAAUAGGAAAAGGGUGCAAUUUUAGCUGCACUUCCCAAGAAGUAACAAGUUGGACAGGUCUGAAGACGUGUACUCUGCAUUGUUACCUGCUACCAGAAAACCAUUUGUAUAGUGUGUUUCACUUUUUUAAAUGUGUGUUAAAUAAAAGAAUUAAAUGUU